AUGGCGAAAGAAGCGACUCGUGCUGAAAUUUCAUUAUCAGACAUCAAUGAUGAAACAUCAUCAUCUUCAGGCAAUCAACAAAAUAGACCAUUGAAUGUAGCAGCUGCGAAAAAUUCAAUUAAGCAGUAUGUUACCAAUGUCUUAAGUAAACUUGAAAGGGAUGUUGAGCAUCAGACUAAUUUAGCAGAAUCUCAAAUCGAAUUUGAUACACCAAAAAAUAAUUAUCGUGUUUAUGAAAAUGUAUCUGCUUUUCGACAAUAUCAUUCUCAUGCAGAAGCAAUCGCAAGAACCGAUGCUCAUCGACGUCAAGAAGAUAUGACUAGUGAGGAUGAUUUAAAUGGCCAUCCAUUGUCAGAAGAUCGCUCAGCCAAUCUACAUGAAUCAACUACAGAGUUGAAUUUGGAUCCGAAUCCAACCAUUCAAGAACGUGAAAGUGCUGAAAAGAUUUACAAACAAAAGGUCUAUUUACGUCAAUUGCAACCACCUACUCCACAGCCAAUAGAAAUUCAAGUUCAAGAAGUUUUACUUCAACCGCAAACACAAAAACCACCAAUACAUGUUCGUGUUGGACAACGUGAGCCUCGAACACCUUCGCCAAUUAUUAUUAAGAGUACACCACCACAACCUCCAUUCACUGACUCUGAUCAACCAGUUAUUUACAAUAAAUAUGUUCCACCACCAAAGCAAGCACCACAACAGAUAAUUAUUCAUCGUUAUGCCGAUUUACCACCGAAACCACGUCCUAUUGUUGUUGAACAAUGGUUACCAUUUAAACCAGCGCCAAAACGUAUAAUUAAACAUUCAUUACCACGUGAAGCCGUUCAAACCCCACAACCUCCACACAACAUAAUUGUGUCAUACGGGAAACCACGUACUCUUGUUGAAGUUGAAUUAGUUCGUUUGCCGGUAGUUAAAAUAGAUCCGCAUACUUAUCAACAAAUGAGUGCUGUUGGUCAGCAAAAAUUGACUCAGCAUCCAUCAUUUCAACAUGAACAAGAUUAUUUAUCUGAAGAUAAAUUAGUACACGCAUCUCGUAUAUCUAAUCCAAUUAAUUGGCGUAUUUAG